GCUUUGCUUGUGUUUCAUAUGGAUUGAAAAUGCACUCAAUGUGUUGCAACAUGUUUGUUUCCAGACUUUGGAAUGCCCUUUCUGAUCAGACAUGUCGAAGCGGUGUUUCAAUUUAAAUCACUCCUCAAAACACACUCAUAUUUCUUAUACGUAUGCACUCUCACCACGUUCUCGAUCACUUUUCUUUGGAAGUAGCGAAGAAGUAGCACAUCCUGCAGAUCACUUUUCAUGUAUUCUUGGCUACAGUCAGCUUCCAGGACCUCCUGGUCCUAAAGGUGACCCAGGACAUGUUGGGCCACCCGGGCCACCCGGGCCACCCGGGCCACGUGGGCCACCUGGGCCAGCUGGGAUAGCUGGAGAGACGGGACCGCCUGGACCUCCUAUAUCCUGUGGACGAGGUGUCUCUGGUCAGGAACUCGAAACCUUAAAGAACAGCCUCGCUAAGUUAGAGCUGGUCGUGAACUAUGACUUUGUCCGAAGAGUUGGUCAGAAAUACUUUGUGUCCUACAAGAAGAGAGACUCUUUCUCCAGGGCCGUCGAGUUCUGCUCCCAACGAGGCUUAGAGCUGGCUUUGCCCCAGAACGAGGAGGAGAACAACAUGCUCACUCAAGUGUUUGGGGAUGAUAACAAAACAGCCUGGAUCAACGUCAACACUAACAAAGCUGAGGGGAAUUUUGAGGCCGAUAUGAAAAAGCGACCUCUGACCUUUACGAAAUGGGGGGAAGGGCAGCCAGACAAAUCCAUCCAGGAUACAGGCUGCACCAUGCUGUCAGAAAACGCCUUCUGGAGAGUGACACACGAUUGUUCUCUGAAUGCUUACAUCGUUUGUCAGAUGUAGAAAGGUCUUGUGUUCCAGAUUUAGAACCAUUGCUCUCAGACAUAUUUUCUUCCAGACGUUACAGUAACCCAAAACCAAUAUCUUAGAUCUCAGUCCUAACUACGGAAACAUUUGCAACAAUUGCAUCAUCAGCAUGGCAUUAAAACAGUUUCACAGACAUAUUACAUAAUGAAAAGUUUACAAUUAAAGGAACAAUAUGAUAGAUGGAUAGAAGCAACGAUGACCUCUAAAAGCAUACGGUACUUCACAAUAAAGUUUACAGCAGUGAA